AUGGAGGGCUUUGAAGAACCAGACCUGAUUGCAGAAGCGCAAAGAAAGGCAGAUCAAAUUUUGAGGGAAGCACAGUUGAAGGCAGAACAGAUUUUGAAGCAGGCUGCAGAGAAGACUUCUGCUCCAGUGGUUCAAAGAAAGCUUUCAGACCAGUUCAAAACACCAGACAGACCAACAUCAACCUUCAAGAGUCCAGCUUCCAGCAGAGAAUGUCUUGAAGAGAGCCAGGGUUCCAAUUCCAGUGGCAAAUCCCCUUUGUCACAAUUUGGUUUGGAGAAGUUUUUUGGCAGUCCAAAAGAGCAGGCAGAAGCAAGACCUGUUUUGGAGAGAAAGAUUUUAGGGAAAGAAAGAAAGAGAUCUAUUAGAGAGGUUGAGCUUGAUGAGUUGAAGCAGCAAUAUGUCAAGAGAUUGAAGGCAGUGGAGGAUUUAGAGGCAGAGAAUGCUAUUGUUCCAAGUGCUGUUGAGCUAGGAAAACUUGGAGGUAGACCACAUGUUGAAGAGUACAGCACUGCUGGAUUGAAGAGUAACAGGAGAAGAGCUGGGAUGCCUUCAAAGAGAAAGGAGUUCUCAGUUGUAGAGAAAGUCAAGAUUGCAGAGGACUUGGAGCAUAUGCAAAAGGAAUCUUCCAACAGCAGAGAGCUCUUCAAGAAAGGCAGGUCCAGAUAUGGCCUAGACACCAGGACCUUGAAGCACCUCAUGUCCAAAAAGAAAGAGUUUGAAGGUCAAAGGUCAAAGUUGAAGACAAAGAGAGGCAGAGUUGUAGGGUCAAGGUUUGUCAGGGCAAAGGGCGCAGGCAGAAAGUUGGAGUUUCAGAAGGAGAUUGACAAGGUCAAAGAAAUGGUUUCGAAGGAGAGGUCCAAUGGAGUUGUGCUUGCAAAGGGUGACCUUCUGGAUGAGUUUCUAGCACAACUGAUUUCUUCAGCCCAAGAAUGUUUGAAGCAAGCAGAGCUUUCAAAGAGUGAGGGCCAGAAGAAGUCUUGGAACCUUGAAGCCAAGGCCUGCUUUGCCAGAAGGGACAAGCUUCUAGCCAGCAAGAAGUACAGGCAGUCUUUCUCCAGCAGGCUUUUAGAGUACUGUGGUGCAAAGGAAGUUGGCAAGGAGUUGGUAAGCCCUUUGAGUGCACUUGAAGAGAAAACGCGUGUUCAAUUGUCUUGGCAAGCCAUUGACAGAAUGGUGUGGCUUGCAGGUGCAGCCCCUGAGGCAGACCUCUUGAAGUCUGAUCUCUUUGCAGAGCCCAAGGAUGUGUUGAAGCCUGGAGUUAGGGAAUUGCUGACCAUUGGCUUUUCAGACCAGGUCCCACUUUGGGCCAAAGCUGAGAGUUCAAAGAUGGUGGCUUCUAGCGAAGAACUUUCAGGCAUCACAGUUGCAGACAGGAAGCAGUUUGAUCUGUUCAGGAAAGACCUGCUUCAAGCUGUUGAUUUCUUCAAGCCAGAAGAUGCUUCCAGCCAGGUGGUGACCUUGGAAGGCACAGAAAAGUUUGCAGGUGGCAGGAGGAUUGCAGGAAGUUUGACUGCCAAGGGGGUUGCAGAGAAUUCCAAGUUUAAAAUCACUUAUGAGGCGCGCCAAAGAAUUGUAGGCUUGCCAGUUGGGAGUGAUGGUGUUAGAGGGGAGGUUGCUGCUGGACUACUGGUUUUUCCAGGGGUGCAUGCAAGGCUGUCAAACCUUGACAGCAAUGGCAGGUGGAUUAAAAGUGAAGAGUUUGAAGUUGCAGGUUGCAAGAUUGUUCACAAGGCAGGUGAGGCUUCAAAGGCAUUGAAGUGGGCUGUUGAUUUGAGGAAGGAAGCUCCUGAGCUAUUUGAAGGCAAGCUGGACAUUAUGAGUCAGCCUUCCUGCAACCUUGACAGUGUUCUUUUGAAGUGGGUGAUUGAAGACCAGAUUGAAAAAGAACCGCUUGCAGUCUGGAUUAGAGAUAGCUUUGCAGCCAUUUUUUCAGAGGAGAUUAGAGAAACCCAGGCCCUUGGAAACCAACUGUCAGCAAUUCUUUUAGGCAAGACAGCCCAAAGGUUGCAGCUGACAGACACAGAUUUUGCCAGAGCCUUCAAGGCUGAUUUCAGAAAGGCUCUUGCAGAGAAGAGGAGUUCUCACAGGCUUGAAGGCAAGGAGGGCACUUUCAAGAUUUCCUACAGGACAGUGAUUGAAGCCACCCUUCAAGCCCAGGAGGCUGCAGUCAAGAGAAACUUGGAGACUUCAUGGGUGAUUAGAGGAGCCUUCAGAAAUGCACUUGUCAUUUAUAGGCCAGACUUCAACAAUGGUACUUUGCAGCCACUUGAAGCAAAGGAUUGUGGCCUUGAACAGUUGGAGCUUGGGAGCCACAGGAUUCCAAGUGAAUGGUUGGUUCCCAGAAAGGGCUGGUUGCAGGCUGGCAUUCCAAUGGCGCCAGAGUUCUCUUUGAGCCAGGCAGCAACCAAUGUUCAGAACCUUCUAGACUGGGCUGCUUACACAAACCCAGCCCUUGAAGAUGAGGAAGAGAAUCCCCUAGACAUUGAUGAUUCCAUUGAAGAGUCUCUGGGGUUUGGUUUGAAGAAUUCCUUGUUUUUGAGGCUUCACCCAAAGGUGAGGAAAGCAGCUUUUUUAGCUCAGAAAGAUGCAAAGUUUUCAGAAGUACUUGAGAAGUCCAAGGAAAAAGCUGCAAGACUCCAGCAAAGGGCAAGUUUGAGGCCUGGUUUGUUGAAGGCUCUUAGAGAGAAGCUUAAAGGAAUGAGCAAGAAGGAAGCAAUUGAACAGGUGGUUGCCAAGAGCAAUGCAAGCAAGAAGAAGAUUUCAGCCAUCUUCAAGCCUGGUGCAAAGACAAAGCCAUCCAUUUUCAAGAAAGCAGCUUUGAAAAGCCUCAAGAAAAGCAAGGCAAAGCAGGAGGCAGACAAGAGCAUUCCAGCAGCCUUGAAGGAUUUGAAGAAGAAGACAGAGAUGGAUGCAGUUGUUGAACCUUCUGGGGAGACAGUUCAUUGUAGAAUUGCUUCAGAGAGUGAAGGGAAAGGGAAGUAUGGGAAAGAAGGGAUGGUUGAAGUGAAGAGCUUGGAGAAAGAUGGGGGUGAGUUUUGCCAGCUCAUUGGAGACAAGCACACAGUUGUGACUUGCAAGGUUUCAAGUCUUCUUGUCAAGCAAGACACAUGGCUUCCAGUGAAGGAGUGGCAGCCUUUCAGCAAGCUUUCUAGAAAAAGUAAAGGUGAAACCCUUUACAUGAUUGGCUUGAAGCCAGAGCCCUUUGCAAGCGCGGGUGAUGAUUUGAUGGACCUUCCAAGUCAGGAUGAGAACUUUGAUUCUCAGCAUAUGCUGCUUGGCUUUGAGCUUUUGAGGUGGCAGUUCAAGGACUACUUGAAGGAGGUGGCCUUCAUAGACCCUUAUUUGACCACAAUGUAUUUGAGAGAUGAGGAUGUUCCACAAAGAGAGCUGUUGAAGAAGACCAUUCAAGACUUUGGGGAAUCAGAUUCGCGGGUGCUUCUUUGUCCAAUUUGGAGUGCAAAGACAAUUUGUCAUUGGACUCUGCUUACAGCUGAGAGGGUUGAAGGGAAGUGGUCUUUUAGGUACAGGGAUACCUUGGCAGACCCAGUAGAAGAUUCCUUGAAGAAGGCUUGCAGUAUAGCCAGCCUUUUGCAGAAGGAAGAGGUUUCUUUGAAGAUUUACAACUCUUUCCAGCAAGUUGGAAGCACAUGUGGGCUUUGGACUCUUGCAUACAUGAUGGAAGAGGCUUGCAGCUUGUUUGAAGGCUUGGCUUCCAGAGGACACCCAAACAUUAACUUCUUGAGGAUGAAGUUUGUAGCUUGGUGGCACCAGCUUUCAGCAGAGAAGCAAAAGCUUGAAGAAAGCAAGAAGGAACUUGAAGAGAAGGCAGAGAAAAUUUCAGUCCAGCAAGAGAAAGCCAAGGAGAAAGCCUUGCAGCAGCUCUCCAAAUUGAAGAGCCAUACCAGUGCUGCAGCCAUUAAAGCCCAGCAGAUGCUUGAAGCCAAUAGCAAGUACUUCAAGCUGCAACAGCUGAGUGAGGCUUCAAGGUACAAGAUUGAAGGCAAGGCUUUGAAGUACUAUUGGAGCAAAGAGGUUUGGCCUCCCAGUCAGAUGCCAGACUUUGCCUUGGGCAUGGCCUUUUGGCGAGACAGCGGCGGCCGUGCUUGGCUGCGAGGGCUCUUGGCGGUGCCCUGGUCGAAGCUGGGUACGACCAGGUUCUUGGUGCCGAGUAGCGGCUACCAUGUGGGCUGGGACCCGCUCUUCAAUCACGGCUUAGCGCCCUUAUUGGCCCUCUAUUUUUAUGGCUCGGCAGCGGACGAGGUGUUGGACAUUGGCUUGUGCAUUGUGGGCUUGUUGGAACAGCAUUGGUUGUUGAGCUUGUACAUUGGUUGCUUGGGAAAGCCGCAGACGCCGGGCGAUGAGCAAGCAGAGCUUCGUUUCAGGCUGUGGAGUAUCAAACUUGAAGAUUAUGUAGCAGGAGUUUUUGGGGAAAAGUUCAGGGAAGCUAUGCAGUGGGCUUCAGAAUCAGAGGUAGAGGUAAGCAGUGCAUUGUUGGCCAAUACCUACGGUGAGCAUGCAGAUCCAAAUGAUGUCAUUGAAGACAUUGAUGACAUGAACACGAAGUUGUACAGUGCAUUGAGGUCGACAACUGAGGGGACGCCUUUUGAUGUUGUUGACAACACGUCGAGCAAUAGUGGGCUUGAGGCUUGGAGAUUGCUGCAUAGAAAAUAUGAUCCGGCGACAGGUGGGAGGAAACGCGUGAUGCUGAAUGCUCUCAUUACGCCGGACCGAGCAACCUAUGAGACCUUGGCUGGAGCGCUGGAAAGGUGGCGGGCUUUGAGGGCCCGAUACAAUCGGAAGAAGGAUCAGUUCGGGAAGCGUGAAGAACUUCCUGAGAGUUUAGCAAUGAAUGCCUUGGAGAAGCUUGUUCCGAAAGAUCUGGAGCAACAUUUACAGUUGAACUACACUCGCUUCAAGACAUACGACCAGAUGGAGGAGGAAGUUCGUGUGUUUGUGGAAGCGAAGACUGGUGCCAAGAUGACCAUCAGCAACAAUUUCAGUCAAUCGUCGAGCGAAGCAGUUCCUAUGGAUGUUGGAGCAUUGAUUGAUGCCGUGAGGGGCAUCAAGGACAUCGGGGCUCUGAUUAAGAGUUCCAAGGGUAACAAAGGCAAGGCUGGUGGGAAGGGCGCUGGAGAUGGGAAGCGGGCUUGUGUGAACGCCUUGAAUCAGGAGCCGGAGAAGGAAGCAGAAGCUGGUGGCCUAGAUUUGUGUCACUUGAGUUCGGACUUGUGUGAUGGUUGGCUUCGCUUGAACUAUGAUACAGGAGCAGCAAUUACAGCAUUGCCCAAAGUUUACAAGUUGGAUGAUUUGGGCAAAGCCACUAUCACAGGUGUUGAUGAGAGUGGUCACAAAAGAAGAGUCACUGGGCAUGUCACUGAUGUCCAUAAAGUGUUGUUGAGUGCGAGUUCUGUUCACAAGAAGGGCUUUGACACGUGGCUUGGCUCUGGCGGUGGCAGAUUGAUUGAUCACUCAAGUCGGUUGUACAAAGAGUUGUGCAAAACCUACAGUCGGUUCGGUGGUGUUGGUGAGAUCCCCUUGUAUGAGGAGCGUGGCGUGUACAACUUGUAUUUGCGAGUCGGUGAGAGCGGCUCGCAGUCGAAGGUUGAGUCAGACAGUCGUUCACUUGGCUCAGUUGAGAAGCCAAAGAAGAAAGUGUCAUGGGCGGACUUGCAAGAGGAGGAGGUAACGGAGCUCCAAGAACCUGCAUUAGCUCCGUUGGAGGAAGGUGAGUUGGUGGCUGUCGAGGAGCCAGUUGAGGCUCGUAGGGCCAUUCCGGCCUUUGAUCCAGGACAGCCUACCCAGAAAGACAUUGAUGAGCAUGAAGCAAGUGGUCACGCGGUUUACAGGGCUUGGUGCCCGCAGUGCAUUGAAGGUUGGGGAUUGGGACAACGCCACAUGAGGCAAGACCAUGAGGAAGAGACAGUUUCAGUAGUCAGCCAUGAUUUCUUUUACAUGUCCCCGGAGGAGGAUGACAAUAGACCGUUUCUUGCAAUGAUCGACAGGAAGACCAAGAUGGUGUUUGCAACAGCUCUUGACAACAAGAAGGCACGGAAUGAGGCUAGCUUGCAACAGAUGAGGAAAUUUUAUGAGUUGUUGGGAUACAAGAAGUUCAUCUCAAAGAGUGAUGGUGAGCCAGCAAUGCGUGCGUUGAAGCGUGAAGCAGCUGCAGGUUGUGGGGAUAUCACAAUCAUCCCCCAAGAGUCUCCUCCAGGAGAUCACAAGGCAAAUGGUGAAGUUGAGAGUUGCAUCAAUGAUUUGAAGCGUCGCAUGCGGGCCAACAAGAGUGGCCUUGAGAAGCGUUUAGGUCAGAGCCUCCCAGAAGACCAUGUGGUUUGGUCUUGGUUGCCCCGGUAUUGCAGUGAUAUGAUCAACAGAUACAAGGUUGGUACAGAUGGUCAAACCCCGGAAGGUCGGACGGGGAAACAGUGGAAGAAGCCAGUUCCUUUGUUUGGUGAACGCAUCAUGUACAAAGCGGCUGGAUCAGUGCAAGUUGAUGCAGCUGAAGACCAGGAGCGUGUGUCGCCAAGGAGUACAGCGAAGGCCAAACCAGUCAAGCGUGCCUUCAUUGAGAAGUUCGGAGCUACUCCUGGUUGUGACGGCUGCUACAGUGUCAAGAAGGGCAAGAUGAUUCAGCAGAUACAGCACAGUGCUGAGUGUCGUGCCAGAAUUUACAAAAGAAUUCAGGAAGAGCAAGAUGAAAAACAGAUUGCAGAAGACAAAAGGGCCAGAAUUGACGAGCCAUCCAGUCCUUCGAAACGAAAGGCUGAGGUGGAUGUCGAAGUGCUUGAAGGACAGAGUUCAUCAUCGGCCUCGAGGCCCUCGAGGCCUCCUGCUGCCUUGACCAGGCCGGAUUCCCCAAAGAGGCCGGCAGAAGUUGACAUUGAGACAUUAGUUGAGCAGACCAUGGCAGAAGAAGCAACCACAUUGCCUACAGAGACACCCACAGAUGCAGUCGCUAGUUUUGAUUUGAAUAGUUUGGAAUUUGACAUUGACCAUAGCUACAAAGCAGUGCAGAAACGAAUUUUGGAAGAAAUGAUUGAACAACAGUUUGUGAAAGAAGGGGUUGAUUACAAUUUUUCGGAAGUGCAAAAGAUCGCAACAUUGUCAGCAUCAAUUUGUUCAGUUGAUGUGAUGGAGAUUUUUUCUCCCAGUCGGUUCACUUCACUUGCAGCUUGCUACGGUUUGCAAAGAGGGGUGGCAGUUGAUUUGAAUGAGAUGAAACCAGAUGGGAGUGACAUGUGGGAUCUUGAUCGGAAGCGUGACAGGUCAUUGUCUUCUUUUGAGUCGUUGCAUGCGGGUCCAUCGCCGCAUGAAGAGCUUUGGAAUGAAGAGGAGUUUGCUCAGCAGGAAGAGUUCAUUGAUGCAGCUGCUGGUGUUCUCCUUGAUCCGCAGAUGGUGCAGAAGGCUCGAGCAGAGGAGCUGAAAUGGGUCAAGGACGAGAAGAUUUAUGAUCGCGUUCCCUUGUCGCAAUGCUUGGCAGUGACAGGACGUGAGCCAAUUUCAACAAAAUGGGUUGACAUCAACAAGGGCGAUGACCAGAGGCCCUUGUAUCGUUCAAGGUUCCUCUGGAUCGGUGGCUUGAACGAGGCGGAGAACCCCGGUUCCGCGCGCUGUUUCGAGCGAACGGUCGGAAGUCAUGCCGAAGUGGUGCCUGGCGGCCGUCUUCAUGGCGACGAGACCUGGAGACGGGAGACCGGUACGUUCAUCGGUUCCAAGUGCGGUUCAGAGCGCUGCGAGCGCCAAAUGUCUCUGCCACGGAAAGACUUGACGGUCACCUUGUACCUGGUCUCGGGACUCUAUGCGGAGUUCGUGGAGGUGCCACGCGUGGAACGCUUCCAGCGAGCUGAGGACCAACUCAUGGCUCGCCUUCUGCUUCUUCUGGCAGCGGCCACGGCUGCCACGGUGCUGCUACAGACGAGCAAGGCCUUUGUUGGCGUGAGCACUCGGUCGUCCACAGCGCCCAAGGUGAUCUUGGCCGCAGAGCCCGCCAAGAGCUCCUCCUCUUUCUCCUUGUCAGAGUUCGCGGAGACCGAUGACAACAAGGGCAGCGCUUCCAUCGUCUUCUGGUUUGUCCUGGGACUUCUCACGCCUUUGCUUGGCGGCUUUACCUUCGGUUUGAUUCUGGCAGCAGUAGGCUGGGGCCUCUCGACUGGUGGCAUCAAGAAAUUUGUGGAGAAGACGGAGUCCACGAAGCAGUUUGCAGAGUACGUGACCACACUGAAUGACUUCGGCACGAAGGGUGGCGAAUACGGCCUCAAGGUAGGCUUACAACUUUGUGGCCAAGAAGAGCAAGGAGCUGACGGCGUGAGCGAGCGUUGCCGCGAGAUGGCACCUGCAAACCUGACCAGUGACGAAGAGUUGCAGUGUAUCCAGGUGUAUGUGCAGACGGGUAAGCCAUUCCUGAUGGAGAACCGUGGCGGCUUUAACCACUUCUGCCAUGUGAGGAUAGAUGGGCGCAAUGCGCAGAGCGGUGUCCUUGGCAGCGCGAUCAGCCCGGGGCUGGCGAUGGUGGGCCUUGGGCAGUUGCUCAACACGGCCACCUUCCGCGCGAUCGGCGCGAAAGGGGUGUACUACGGGUCUCAGUUGGGAUAUGACGUGCCCUGGGCCACCGCAUUUCCCUACAACAUUGGCAUCAGUGAUCCACAGUAUUGGGGCGUGAUUUUUUCCGUGUGGGGUUUCUACCUUUGCUUGGCGCCAUCGAGUGAUCUCACGGGGGAGCACUUCCUCAUCCCGUGGCUGGAGACCUUUUGGUACAUUACCUCGAUGAAGCUCCUGGAACAUGAGGGCUAUGGCGGCGGGCUGUUGCGAGCGCUCGGCUUCAAGGCCCCAAAGAAGCCCUGA